GAGAAUUUGGAAAACAUGGAAUUGGAUGAACAGGAGGCAUUGAACUCGAUCAUGAAGGAUCUGGUGGCCCUCCAGAUGAGCCGACGUCCCCGGGUGCCUGCAUAUGAGACCAUGAAGAACAAAGACACAGGUCACCCAAAUAGGCAGAGUGACGUCAGAAUCAAGUUUGAGCACAACGGGGAGAGGCGAAUUAUAGCAUUCAGCCGGCCUGUGAGAUAUGAAGAUGUGGAGCGCAAGGUGACAACAGUGUUUGGGCAGCCUCUUGAUCUACAUUACAUGAACAAUGAGCUCUCCAUCCUGCUGAAGAACCAAGAUGAUCUUGAUAAAGCAAUUGACAUUUUGGAUAGGAGCUCAAGCAUGAAAAGCCUUAGAAUAUUGCUGCUGCCUCAGGACAGAAACCAUACCAGUUCCUCUCCCCACUCCGGAGUGUCCAGGCAGGUACGGAUCAAAGCUUCCCAGUCUGCAGGAGAUAUAAAUACUGUCUACCAGCCCCCUGAGUCCAGAAGCAGGCACCUCUCUGUCAGCUCCCAGAACCCUGGACGAAGCUCACCUCCCCCUGGCUAUGUGCCUGAAAGGCAGCAGCGCAUUGCCCGGCAGGGGUCCUACACCAGCAUCAACAGUGAGGGGGAGUUCAUUCCAGAGACCAACGAGCAAUGUAUGCUGGAUCCCCUGGACAGUGCUGAAAAUUCCUUGUCGGGAAGCUGCCAAUCCUUGGACAGGUCAGCAGACAGUCCAUCCUUCCGGAAAUCACGAAUGUCCCGAGCCCAGAGCUUCCCAGACAACCGACAGGAGUUCUCGGAUCGGGAAACUCAGCUCUAUGACAAAGGGGUCAAAGGUGGAACCUACCCCCGGCGCUAUCAUGUUUCUGUGCACCACAAGGACUACAAUGAUGGCAGAAGAACAUUUCCCCGAAUACGACGUCAUCAAGGUAACCUGUUCACCCUGGUGCCCUCCAGCCGUUCCCUGAGCACAAACGGCGAGAACAUGGGUCUGGCAGUGCAAUAUAUGGACCCCCGUGGGCGCCUGCGGAGUGCGGACAGCGAGAAUGCCCUCUCUGUGCAGGAGAGGAAUGUGCCAACCAAGUCUCCUAGUGCCCCCAUCAAUUGGCGCCGGGGGAAGCUCCUGGGCCAGGGUGCCUUCGGCAGGGUCUAUUUGUGUUAUGACGUGGAUACAGGACGUGAACUUGCUUCCAAGCAGGUCCAGUUUGAUCCAGACAGUCCUGAGACAAGCAAGGAGGUGAGUGCUCUGGAGUGUGAGAUCCAGUUGCUGAAAAACUUGCAGCACGAGCGCAUUGUGCAGUACUAUGGCUGUCUGCGGGACCGCGCUGAGAAGACUCUGACUAUCUUCAUGGAGUAUAUGCCGGGGGGCUCAGUGAAAGACCAGUUGAAGGCCUAUGGAGCCCUGACAGAGAGUGUGACCCGAAAAUACACCCGGCAGAUCCUGGAGGGCAUGUCUUACCUGCACAGCAACAUGAUCGUUCACCGGGACAUCAAGGGAGCCAACAUCCUCCGAGACUCUGCCGGGAAUGUGAAGCUGGGGGAUUUUGGGGCCAGCAAGCGCCUGCAGACCAUCUGCAUGUCAGGCCCGGGUAUGCGCUCGGUCACCGGCACACCCUACUGGAUGAGCCCUGAGGUGAUCAGCGGCGAAGGCUACGGAAGGAAAGCAGAUGUGUGGAGCCUGGGCUGCACUGUGGUAGAAAUGCUGACAGAGAAACCACCUUGGGCAGAGUAUGAAGCCAUGGCCGCCAUUUUCAAGAUUGCCACGCAGCCCACCAAUCCUCAGCUGCCCUCCCACAUCUCUGAGCACGGUCGGGACUUCCUGAGGCGCAUUUUUGUGGAGGCCCGACAGAGACCUUCGGCCGAGGAGCUGCUCACACACCACUUUGCACAGCUUGUGUACUGAGCUCUCAAGGCCACGCUGCUGCCAGCUGCCCCUGCUACAGGGCAAGGGGCUGCUAUGGGACUCAGCAAAGUUGCUGCUUCUCCCAGGCAAGGCUGUGAACCAUGGAACUACAGUCCAGCUGGCAUUUGUCUGUGCCCCUUCUGCCACUGGGGCUCAGAGCCAGGGUGGGGUGGCUGCAGCCUCAAGGACUGGAAGCCCCCAGCCUGCCAGACCUGAGAGUUCCAACCUCGUAAGCUCAGCAUGGAGGGUAAGGGGCUAGGAACAGUGUGCAAGGUGCCAUGGUCUCCACCCUUGGGGCUGUGUCCUGACACUGCAAUCAGCUCCAGAGCCCAGAAGGUCUGGGGCACAAGAUGGACACGGGGUCCGAAUAGUGUUACUUUCAUUCAGAGUGUUAUUUUUGUUUCUCCUCCCCAUGUCUGGAGAUCACCAGGGCAUCUCUGGGCUGGCUGAGCCCACCCAAGCCUGAGGUAAAGCCCAGCGUCCUGCAGCCAGUGGAAGGCAGAGGCCUGGGCUGCACUCCCCCUGGAGCCCCAGGUCAGCUUUGCCAGUCCCUUCCUUACCAAAGAUGAAUGAAGCAAUGUUAUGCUGCCUUACUCGGGGAAGGAGGACCGGUCCUACCUGCCCUGUGACCCUGCCUUCCCAAGCAGGAGCCUGAGAUGUGGAACUGCCCCACUAAGGGGCAGUUUUGUCAAUGCAAUUGUCUGUUUUACAAGUUGGAGUCACUCUUAUGCUGUACCCAGUUUUUGAACUGGAGACUGUGUGCCCUCUGGGUUCUGAGUCCCCCUGCUGUGGGCUCAGGCCUUGGGCUGGAUUGGAAAGAGCUGAAGGUAAUGGCCUUUGUGCUCCUCGCCUGGCAUCUGUUCUCCCACUGCAGCGGACAGGAAGAUGGACAGCACACUGAGAGCUUCUUAUUCAGCUGACCACCCGGCCCUGAGCAGGCCACUUAGGCUAGCCAGGGGGGUUGUAUCAGGCUGUCUGUGAGUAUGAUCCUGCUAGGCCAGAGCCCUCUCCAACUUCUACCAGAAGGGAGAGCCCCUGUGAUGCCACCAACCAUGUCUAAAACCGCCAGCUCUGUUCCUCCUUGGCCAGCCUUCCCAUCCCCCUGAGGUCUCACCCUCUUUCCCUUCUUGCUCCUCCGUUGGGGGAGGAAUGGCAUCAGGGGUCUGGGAGCCAGUAUCUCCAAGCAGCUUAGAGUUGGCCUUAUUUACCUCAGCCUGGGCGCUAGUCCUUUCUUCCGGCCCCUCCCCUCCAAAAUGUGCCUAUUGCUAGAGCUCCUCCCUCUCAACACCCAGUUUCCUUGGGAGUUGUCAUUAAAGGAAAAAAAAAAAAAAAAAAGCCAGUGCCCAGGGAUGGGUGUCUCCAGGGAGCUGAGGAUUAGCGCCAGGCAGCUCAUUGCCAGCCAUGCCCACUUCCCUGCGGGCACCAGAACAAGCCAAAGCCUUCGUUGUAUGUUGACGAUGCACUUUUAUGAAUGUAGUUUCUAUCGCUGUUUUUAGCCUUUUCACAUCAUGUAAUGUGAGGCCUUGUACUUGUUAAUUUAUAUCUCAGAUCAUAUUUGGUGGUUUAUAUAUAUCACUUCUAGACUGUUACAGGUGAUGGAUGCCUCAAGAGACAGAAAAAUGAAAGCAGGUUUUGCAGGAAUGUGUUGCACGGUGCCAGUUGGGCCUGGGCCCAUUUCCAUCCUUUUCCCCCGGGGGUCUUUGUCAGGCACCCCCAGCCCGGCCCUAAGACAGCGAGCAUAUGCUCCUGCCUCCACCUCGGCCCUUGCCCAGGGUGGGGACCAGUCCCUCAUCUCGACCAAAGCUGCGUAGUGGCAGCUCGGCCUCUCCAUGACCCUGUCCUGAUGGCUCCACCACUCUUCUUGGGCCCACACCCCUGUCCUGUCUCCAUUUCCCAAGAGGAAACAGAGCAUGCGCAGUGCCGGAGCUGACAAGAUGAGACGACUCUGUGUCCCAGGUUCAGGCUCUCACAGAGCCCCCGCUCCCCCCACCCCAGGGUCUUACCUCACAGGGAAUGUGUUUUUAAAAAUUAAUUUGCAAACAAACCAACAAGCCAUGCACUCAAAAAAAAAAAACAAAAAACCAACAACCAAGACCCUGAUAUUUGUGCCAAAAAUGUGGACAUGCUGGCUCAGCAUCCUCAGGACCAAGCUAUUGCUUAAUUUUAAUUUAUUAUUAAAUAAUCCAGAUGAAAAGUUGUGGGCUUAGAACGGCCUGGGUCCAAAGGUUCUGAAGGGCAGUUCCCAGCAGCUCCAGGUUGCUGUGGGAAGGGCCAUGUGCCAUUUGCUCAUCAUUCCGUGGGGUAUGUCAGCCUUGACCAACCCAACAGAGGCCAGGGCUGGGGAGAGUCUGCCCCUGCCACCCUCCUGCCCCUCCCACCCACCUCAGCUCUGUGUCUGUGUCUGAAUUGUGGGUUGUGCAGAAGAACCUGCAGCCAUAGUUAUUUGACUAUAUCUUGACCGAGGGCUUGCAGAGCAAAGCCAGGCCAGUGUCGUGCAUUACUUAAAUAAAAAGGGAUCAUUUAUA